AUGUCGGUCACGGAUCUACCCAAGAUGCAAACAGCCCUCGUGUGCCUCUGCCUGCUCAGCAUGGCCGUCUCGACACCCGUGCCAUUGCCGAUGCCUGGGAGAGCUGCUGGCAACUGUGUGGGACAGCACCGGAUACUGCUGAAAGGCUGCAAUGCCAAGCAUGGUUUCUAUGUUUUCAAAUAUGUCUACUCGUUUUCAACGCGGAGGAACCAGACACAGAUAAAGAAAGAAGAGGCUGACAGCCAGAGCACCGUUCUCCGUGGCCGGCUGGGGGAGGACAAUGCCAGUCGGGGGCCAGCGGAGGAUGUGGCAGCCCCGGAGCACGAUGGCAAUGGCAGCACUGAUGUGAUAGAGAAUGUGACUGGACUCAAGUCUGAAAACCGCAGCACCCCAGGCGCGGGUGGGGAUGCUCGCAGUCCUCACCCGGGCACUGGCAUGCGAGCUCGUGGUGGUGUCAGUGUCACAGGUCCCACCCCGGCCAGCUCGGAAGGCAGCGGCGACCUGCAUUUGGUGGUGGAAGUCGACGGUGGUGUUUCCAUCCUCCCACAGGGUGGACGCCCCAGUGAGGCCGUGGCAGGGAACAGGUCUGGUGUCAGGAAUGACGACAGGGACGAUGGUGACGCUGGGGAAGUUCCAGUGGAGGGGGCCAUGACAGCUGGAAGGGAGAGGGCCCCUGCCACCACAGGGACUGAGGAUGAGGGCAGUGGUGAGGCCGCCAUCCCUGGCCAAGGGCAGGAGGACGUUGUGAGGGGCACAGGAACAGAAAGCACUGCUCUUGCCUCUGUCACUGAGAAGAUGGAGGACGUCCAGGUUGAUGCCAAAGGUGUGGAUGAAUACGCUUACAUCCCUGAUUCAGGCAGCAUCACCAUCACCCGUGGGAAGGCGGGCGGUGCAGUGACAGACACCAGCAUCACCCAGAUCUCUCCAGACAAGGACGACGAGGUCAACAUCUUCAUCGGGAGGGCCAACAUCCAUGUGGGUGAGCAAGAAACCACCCAGGCCGGUGCCACUCUUGGCAGCGAGGAUGACGGGGCUGGCACCCAUGGCAACAGUGAUGAUGAGGUGAGAGGUGUGGGGCAGAGGUUCGAGGGGAGGCCAGGUCAUCCGGCUUUCACCACGCCCCACCAGGAAAGUGAUGAUGAGAUGACUGCUGCUGUCCCAGCCAAGGGGGCCAGCAUCCGCCUGGCCACCACUGUGGCCUCUCCCAGCAUGAGUGAGGGGGACUGCACCACCACCCUAGGGACAGCUGGCAGCCUCAAGGCAGCACUGGGCCACAGCAGGCAGGUGGACCAGGUGAAGCGUGCUGACGAGCUCCAUGUCCGAGAACGGGCCUUUUAUGCCCUCGGCAGGGCAGGGGGUGGCCCCCGUGGUCCCUACACUAACCUCAGGAGUGCCGACAGCAGCCAGUCCUCUGAGGGGGAGCGGGGCAGCCACAGUGACAGCCAGCAGACAGGACUGCAGCCCUCAAG